GCUUGGAGGGAAUUUCUUCCAUGGCGUUCUCGGGCAGGGCGCACGGCGCUGCGAAGGCGCUGGGCAGGAUUCCGGCUCUCUGCGUCCAAAAGCGCGAUUCUUCUACGAUUUUCGUUGGAGGCCUUUCUUGGGGACUGACCGAGGGAAUUGUCCAGGAGGCCUUCUCUUCGUUCGGCGAAGUUAGAGAAGUUAGAAUCGUGAAAGACCGGGAGACUGGCAAGUCCAAAGGCUAUGGAUUCAUCACUUACGUCUCCGAGGCAAAAAAAAAAGAAAAAAAAAAAAAAAGGUAG